AUGCUUAUAUCUAGUGGGGAAGAAGAAAGCAUUUGUGAUGAUCUGUUUCCAUCACUUGAGGUCUGCAAUGAACAUGGAUUUGACAAACUAUGCCCGGACCCAACUGGCUGGAUAGACCUCGAACAAUGUGUUGGAUCAGGAGGAUUUGGAGUAAUCCAUAAGGCAUGGCAUUUUAAGGAAAAGAAAGAAGUGGCCAUAAAAGUGAUAAAAGACCUUAGGGAUAAUGAAGAGAUCCUUGCUGAACUGUACGUACUUGAACGCGUUUCUGGCCACGACAACUUCCCUGCCUUUUAUGGAGCCUAUUAUCUACGGCCCAGCAUUUCAAAUGAAGAGGCGCUAUGGAUUGCUAUGACAAUGUGUGCUGGUGGCUCCGUAGACGCCUUAAUUAGGAGCACGCCCAAUAGAUCCUUGGAAGAGACCUGGAUUUCAUACAUAUGCAAGAAAGUUUUACAGGGCCUGGAUUACUUACAGGAACUGAACGUGAUACAUCAUGAUCUCAAGGGCGCCAAUAUAAUGUUAACUUCUACGGCCCAUGUGAAGAUAAGUAAGUGACGUUUAUUAUCUAUAGGAAGAAUGGGUGCCACAAAAGCAAAGGGUACAUUUAUUGCUCAUCUCAAUGCCUAGCUUUUCUUAGGCAUCAUAAAACUUUAAAGGGGAUCUCU